AUGGCCCAUGGCCCAUCAUCAAACAUGUCCGCCUGUACGGAUACUUACCUCAAGGUAAAUAUGUUUGUACGGGGUGGCGCCGUGGGUGCCAUGGUCGUGAAGGGGCCCAUGUCUGGCUGCAUACGAGACAGGAAGGAAAUGGUCGACGCUAUCGAGCCGCAACCAGAGAACGGCGAGCUUUUAUGUUUUAUAUUGAUGCCAGCGAAGGGGGAAAGGGUUUCACGGGCCCUUUUGGACCAUGGACCGCGGGCUCCUGGAAUCAGGGAACGAUGCACACCAAGCCCGGUCCGCCGGAUAUAA